CUUAAUUCUUGCUGACAACGACCAACCGACAAUUCCCUUCCCCCUUCUCCCCCAAUUUUUUUUUUCCAUCUUCUCACUUUUGCCAAUACUCCAUUGUCACUUUCCAUCCUUAAUCCCCACUCUCUCUCUCUGUCUCUCUCUCUCUCUCUGUAGUAUAGUACAGUCCGUAUUGUGUAUAUAACGCCGUUCCGCCACGUCCACAACUUUGUUUGAUGGAAUCGAACCGAAGGAGAGUUGCAAAAUCGAUGGAGUGAAUUUCCGAAACUGGAACAAGUUUGAAGUGGAAAAAGAAGAUGAUGCUCCCUCGUCGUCUUCUUCUUCUUCUUGUAUUUGCGUCUCUGGUUUGGCUCACUGUCUUCAGAUGUGUCUCUCAAUUUCUCCCCCAAGAAGAAGCGCAGUUGGAGCUCUUGAAACAAUAACAGAAAAACUGCACUUUGAACAUUGGAACCUUAGCCGAAGUUUCUGCAAUGGAGGUAGUGUUGUGAAUGUGACUGUUCCUGGCCUGAUUCUUAGCAAUGUUACUUGCAAUUGCACCAACAAUGUUUGCCACAUCACCAACAUCCAGUUGAAGGGUCAAAAUUUAACAGGAAGUCUACCGGCAGAAUUUGCAAAUCUUACUCAUCUGCAUGAAAUAGAUCUCUCUCUCAACUACAUCAAUGGAUCAAUUCCGAAAUCUUUUGCUAAGCUUCCUCUCACCAUUUUGUCACUUUUGGGAAACCGAAUUAGUGGUUCAAUUCCAAUGGAAAUUGGAGACAUUGCUACUCUUGAGGAUCUGAUCUUGGAAGAUAAUUGGCUUGGAGGACCUCUUCCUCAAAAUCUUGGAAGUUUGAGCCAUUUGAAGAGACUGCAUCUUUCUGCUAACAAUUUUACGGGAACAAUUCCAGCAACAUUCAUCAACCUAAAGAACUUGACAAAUUUUAGGAUUGACGGGAAUGCACUAUCUGGGAAGAUACCUGAUCUGAUUGGGAAUUGGACAAAAAUUGUGAGAUUGGACAUGCAAAGCGCAUCUAUGGACGGCCCCAUUCCUUCGACCAUUGCCCAACUGAAAAACUUAACUGAAUUGAGGAUAUCUGAUCUGAAUGGAUCAAGUAUGAAAUCAAGUAUGAAAUUCCCUAAUCUGCAGGAGUUGAAAAUGUUGAACACACUGAUACUGAGAAAUUGCUUAAUUACUGGUCCAAUCCCAGAUUACAUUGGUGAAUUGCCUAAUCUCAAACUUUUAGACCUGAGCUUCAACAUGUUGACUGGUCAAAUUCCGGGAACACUUCAGAGUUCUAAUCUAAAUUAUAUGCUUCUGACUAGCAACUCACUAAGUGGAGCAGUACCCGAUUGGAUUCUUAACAGCAAAAAUUAUAUUGAUAUAUCUUACAACAACUUCACAGAGUCAUCUUUGUUUGGUUGCCAGCCAUCGAGGGUGAAUUUAGUUUCCAGUCAUUCAUCUGCAGCGAGCAACACAAUUGACUGGUGCUUCAAGAAGGACCUCCCUUGCUCCAAUAAACCCAAAUAUCAUUCUUUGUUUAUCAAUUGCGGAGGAGGCAAAAUAACCUUUGAGGGGAAUGAAUACGAAGAGGACUUAGCCACCGAGGGUGCAUCAUACUUCUAUCCUUCUUUGCAAAAAUGGGCUUAUAGCAGCACGGGGGUUUUCAUGGGCAAGAGUGAUGCCAGUUAUAGAGCAAACAACUCAUUCUCUUUGAAAUUGACUGGAGACUAUUAUGAAACAGCCCGCCUUGCCCCUAAUUCACUGAAGUACUACGGGCUUUGUUUGCGUAAGGGUAGUUAUAAAGUACUCCUCCAUUUUGCUGAAAUCAUGUACUCAGAUGAUCAGACAUUUAGCAGCCUUGGGCAACGCAUCUUUGAUGUAUCAAUCCAAGGAAACGUAGUUUUGAAUGAUUUUAAUAUUGUGGAGGAAGCUAAAGGUGUUGGCAAGGGCAUUACUAAGGUUUUUAAUGAUGUUCUUGUCAACGGUAGCACUUUGGAAAUCCACCUAUAUUGGAGAGGGAAAGGGACUACUGCAAUUCCGAACAGAGGUAUAUAUGGACCUCUUAUAUCUGCCAUUACAGUGACACCAAAUUUUGACCCUCAUACUGGAUUAUCAGUUGGAGCUAUUGUUGGCAUUGUGGUUGGUUCAUGUCUGUUCCUUGUGUUGAUCCUGGUUGUACUCCGAAAGAAAGGUUACCUUGGAGGGAAAGACCUUGAAAAUAAAGAACUUCGAGCACUCGAAAUGCAAACUGGUUAUUUCACCCUGAGACAGAUCAAAACUGCUACCAAUAACUUUGACCCUGCAAAUAAGAUUGGUGAAGGAGGGUUUGGGCCAGUUUACAAGGGUGUAAUGUCAGACGGUACUGUAAUCGCUGUUAAGCAGCUCUCCUCCAAAUCAAAGCAAGGAAAUCGUGAAUUUGUCAAUGAGAUAGGCAUGAUAUCUGCCUUGCAACACCCGAAUCUUGUCAAACUCUACGGAUGUUGUAUUGAAGGAAACCAGUUGUUGCUAAUAUAUGAAUACAUGGAAAAUAAUUGUCUUGGCCGUGCACUCUUUGGUAGUGAGGAACAACGGCUAAAACUGGACUGGCCAACGAGACAAAAGAUAUGCUUAGGGAUAGCAAAGGGAUUAGCUUAUCUUCAUGAGGAAUCCAGGUUGAAAAUUGUUCAUAGAGACAUUAAGGCCACCAAUGUGUUGCUUGAUAAGGAUCUGAAUGCUAAGAUAUCCGACUUUGGUUUGGCCAAACUCAAUGAAGAGGAGAACACCCAUAUUAGCACGCGUAUUGCUGGAACCAGAGGAUAUAUGGCUCCUGAGUAUGCAAUGAGGGGUUACUUGACAGAUAAAGCAGAUGUCUAUAGCUUUGGAGUUGUUGCACUAGAGAUUGUUAGUGGGCAAAGCAACACAAAUUACAGACCAAGGGAUGAGUUUGUUUACCUUCUUGAUUGGGCUUAUGUCCUACAAGAGCAAGGAAACCUUCUAGAGCUUUUGGAUCUGAGUCUCGGUUCAAACUACUCUGAAGAAGAGGUAAUGAACAUGGUGAAUGUCGGUCUUUUGUGCACCAAUCCAUCUCCGACUCUCAGGCCAUCCAUGUCUUCUGUGGUGAGCAUGCUCGAAGGCAAAAGUCCCAUACAAGCACCACUAAUCAAACGUACUUCAACAAACGAGAACGUGAGGUUUAAAGCCUUUGAGGGGCAUUCACAAGAUAGCCAUACACAAGUCUCUGCAUACUCUGAUGAAGGGAGUGAAAUGCAAAGAACCGAUAGGCCAUGGACUGAUUCCUCGGUUUCUAUCCAAAGCAAGAGAGAGGUUCAAGACCAUUCUUCAUCAAAUAAGCCUCUUUCAGAUCUUCAUGAUGUGAAUUUGAACUGAUUAUAGAAUGUGUAUAUAUAUAUAUAUCACAGAUGCAUAACUACAAAUCUUUGAAACUGUUUUUUUUGUAGUUGAAUUGUGCUGAUUCAUUUGUAAUGAAAUGUAUAAGUUAAUUUAUAGAAAAUGUAUUGAUAUUUCCUUCACUUUA